UCACGCCCCGAUGCUCGACUUUGCAGCGUUCCAUGUGCAUAAUAUAGCGAAGUAUCGAAUACCAGCCCCCUCUUUUAGUCAGUAUAUGGCCCUUCUUCCCACUCUGCUUCCGCGUCGUGAGCAGUGAUCUUUUGGAAUCGUUGCGGGUCCCAGGAAUAUGAGCCGCUCGAUGGAUGGGAUUCGAAGAGCCUUCUCUGCGCCGCCCAUCACGGUACAGGAUCUAACUGAUGGGGAACAGGACCCGGAACCAAAGAGUGAGUGGAACUAUUCCCCUUCGCCGGCUUCGACGGGUUUAGUCCUGCGAGCGGCUUCGCCCGGCCCUGCCUUUGAUGAUUUUCUUCCCACCGAGAACGGACGCAACGGCGUGCCACGAGGCCGAAAGGCCCGUUACCGGAAACACAAACCGAAGCCGAGCCCGAAAUGGAAGAAAGAAUGGACCGCGGACAGCUGGAAGGACGGGCGCGUUCUGGUGAUCGAUUUCAUCAGUGCGAGAUACACGUCCACCGGCCGUCGCAAGAUCGUGGCGCAAGAGUUCCAUGAGCUGUCUAAGCUUCAGGAGUUCUACGCGGACGCCGACAGACAGAAAGAUCAGCCGGGGUUGAUCCUACGCAUCAUCCACGUGCAGAACGCGGUCUGGGCGCGGCGAUACCUCCUUCGGAAGUUCAACAUCAACCACCGCGAUGACCUCGUUGGGACGGCGUUUGGCAAGUGGGCGGAGUUUGAACGACCGCAACGGCGGGCGGGCAAGCCGUUGCUGAAUGGGAAGACGUUUCGGAUCCAACGGGAUCCCUGGCGAGGGAUCUCCCGUUGUGCCUUUGGUCUGGAUUAUCUCCGUCCGGUGCCGGCCAAUCGAUUCCACGGGGGGGCGGCCGACGACUUCAAGAUGCUGGAGCUGAACGCGUACGGCCCGGAUGAGAAUCCGGAUUACGGGUACAAUGUGUAUGUGCAGCGGCUGUCGGUGUACAUUCAGCGGAACGAAGGCGAGUCCAUGGCGCUGAACGCCGAAGAUAUGGAGAGCCCGUAUUCAACGCCGAGGGAGGAUGCGAAAGCCCGCGAUGCGGAGGGACGGCGUCCUCGGCUUGGGCCCUACGGCGACGAGGAUUACUUUCCGGACAUCAACCGACUCGACAAUGGCUCGGUGAUCAUCAUCUUCGAAGGUUCACAGUCGGGGUCUUGCGAGGAAACCCUAAUCGGGGCGCGACAGGAGAUCGAAUCCGCCUGGAGCGGGUUAACCUUCUUUCUGCCGCGAGAGGAUCUGUCAGACGAUCCGACCCUGAGCGAUCAGACUCUGACCCUCGAAUGCAUGGAUCUAAUCUUGAACGAUAUAUUCAAAUCGCUAAACAACAACUGGGACCAUUUUCUGACCAAAUGUGAGACCCAUGUUUCGAUCUUGGAAGACAAGAUCUAUGAGAAUCCGGCAGAUGAAUCGCGCGCUCCGGAGUUGUGGACCAAUGCGAGCAUCUGGCUCAAAGUGGAGAAGCUCAUGUACAUUCAUAUCGAUGUGAUCAAAGAAUUGAAGGGGGAAUUGAAGGAACUUGCGGAUGACAUGCUCUCGAAGCAAAGUUUCAUUGAGACCGUGCCGGAUAGCUUUGACAAGCUGGCGAAUUGGGUGCAAGAGGAUCUGGUAAAGCCGACGCAAAAUCUCAGUGACUUGAUGUACAAGAGCGUCGAGAUCCGGGACGCACGGUUCUCCCUCCAGCUAAAUGCCUCGCUUUGGCGAUUGUCCUGGAUUACCUUCAUCUUUCUCCCCUUGACAUUUGUCGUGGGAUUUUUUGGGAUGAACGUCGACACGUUUGAGGACAAUCCAUCGAUCAAGUGGUAUUUCAUCUCCAGUUUUCCUAUGCUGCUCAUUCUCUUCAUCAUCGUGUACGUCUUCAAGCAUAGUCCAGCGACUGUGCGUGUACCCAUCCGUCGUGGGACAUACGAGAACCUUUACCAUGAUAUUGCUUCCGAACACCCGGAUCUCUGGUCCCGUACCGGGGCGCGAGUCGAUGCCGUUGAGCCUGAGGGGCUGUUGAGCAAGAUCAAAUGGAAACUGAUCGUGCGAUGGUUUGCGCCGAAACGGACUGUCAUGGCUCCCGCCUACCGCCCUGACGCCGGGGGUGGCGGUGUCUGGCAACGGACAAAGAACUCGUUGUUGCGCCGAUGGCUCCCCGAAAUCCAGGUUCGGCGGACUGGGAAGUAUGAGGCGGAUCUAGUUGACAUCGAGCGUCGCGCGGAGACUCAGCCCGGGGCAGUGGGCGAACUCCACACUUCGAGUAUGCCAGAGGCCGAGCCGGAAGCUGCCGAACAAGUGCGUCGAAGUAUGUUCCGACCGAGACAAUCUGGAAGUAGCCGGUCGAGCCACAAUCGGCAAGGCAGUAAUCACAGCAGUGGAAUCAUAGUCACGGAAGAAAAGAGCGAGGACGAACGGGAUGCUGAAGAAGAUGCACGACUGCGUGCGACUCGACGAGCGCAGCCACAGCAAGGACAGGGUGGGCAGUCGGAUGCAGGAGUGGUGGAUGGAAGUCACGAUAGCGGCGAGGGACAGGGUGAGGAUAGAGAGCGAUUUAGGUUGAAUGUGCCUGGAAAUAGGAAACGGUAGUAGGACAAUCUUACGGAGUACAGAGUACAGACUAUUACAGUAUCAGUGUAUCUAGUGGAGGAAACAACAAGGGACAGCGGAAUUGAAUCACGUGGUAGAGGAGAUGACUGAAUGGUACUGGUUGACAUUACCUCAGCAAGCUCAGGCUAUUUGUGGUCGUGCCAAGGCACCGGAGCGGACUAUACCUAAUCGGUAAGUCACAUGUGCUCCUCGAACAAAUAGCCUGAGGAUUCUGUCCACCUAUUUCGGCGUGUGCCGUGAACUUUCAUGCCAAAU